AUGGAGACCCCAAAGCCGCCCUCCCUUGCCGCUUCUUCGGAUUCCUACGCAUUUCACCUACAAGCAUGCCUCAGAAAGAGAGACUUAUUUUCUGGGAAAUCAAUCCAUGCCCAAAUCAUCAAAUCCGGGCUUCACUUCGGAGUGUUCUUAAUGAAUAACCUUAUGAGCUUGUACAUGAAAACUGGGUAUUCUUUGGAUGCUCACCGUGUGUUUGAGGAAAUGCCUGUGAGGAAUACACUUUCCUGGAAUGCGAUUCUCUCUGCUUAUGCAAAGCAGGGAAAAUUUGAUGCAGCACGUAGAGUUUUCAAUGAAAUGCCUGAACGCGACUCUGUUUCAUGGACUUCCAUGAUCGUGGGUUACAAUCAGAUGGGUCGUUUUGGUAAUGCCAUUCAGAUGUUUGUAGAUAUGAUUUCAGAUGGAGUUACGGUAACCCAGUUCACGAUUACUAAUAUUCUUUCCGCAUGUGCUGCUGUUAAAGCUUUGGAUGUUGGUAGGAAGGUUCAUUCGUUUGUUGUUAAACUUGCAGUUGGUAGUUAUGUUUCUGUUGCAAACUGUCUUCUAAACAUGUAUGCAAAAUCUGGUGAUCCAAGGACAGCGAAGAUUGUUUUUGAUAGGAUAAGAUUGAAAAACACAUCGAGCUGGAAUGCUAUGAUUUCUUUGCAUAUGCAAUGUGGUCGUGCUGACCUUGCUCUUGUUCAGUUUAAGCAAAUGACAGAACGCGACAUCGUUUCUUGGAAUUCAAUGAUUGCAGGAUACAAUCAGCAUGGGCUUGAUAUGGAGGCACUGACUAUCUUCUCAAGUAUGCUCAAGGAUUCUUUUCUAAAGCCCGACAAGUUCACUUUGUCAAGUGUUUUGUCAGCUUGUGCUAACCUUGAGAAGUUGGAAAUCGGGAGACAAAUCCAUGCCCUUAUUAUAACAGCUGAGCUUGACACAUCCCAAGCAGUGAAAAAUGCUUUGAUCUCAAUGUAUGCUAAGUCUGGUGGGUUGGAAAUUGCUCAAAAGUUUUUAGAGCAAUGUGUGACUUCAGACCUCAAUGUUAUAGCUUUUACUGCCCUAUUGGAUGGAUACAUAAAGCUUGGGGAUAUGAACCCAGCCAGACAGAUAUUUGAUUCAUUGAGAGACCGUGACGUGGUUGCAUGGACAGCAAUGAUUGUUGGUUAUGUGCAAAAUGGGUUGAAUGAUGAUGCUUUGGAGCUCUUCAGGGAGAUGAUAAAUGAAGGCCCCAGACCAAACAGCUACACCUUAGCGGCUAUGUUAAGUGUUAGUUCAAGCAUGGCUUCUUUAGACUACGGUAAACAAAUUCAUGCAAGUGCCAUGAGGUCAGGGGAAGUGUACUCAGUUUCUGUGAGCAAUGCUCUAAUUUCAAUGUAUUCCAAAGCUGGAAGCAUCAAUGGUGCAAAGCAAGUAUUCAAUUUGAUUCACUGGAACAGAGAUACUGUUUCUUGGACUUCCAUGAUUAUAGCCCUGGCCCAACAUGGUCUUGGGGAAGAAGCCAUUGAACUUUUUGAGAAGAUGCUGUCACUUGGUAUUAAGCCUGACCAUAUAACAUAUGUUGGCGUGCUUUCGGCCUGUAUACAUGUGGGACUGGUGGAACAGGGCAGGAGCUACUAUAAUUUGAUGAGGAACGUACACAAAAUUGAACCCACCCAUAGCCAUUAUGCAUGCAUGAUUGAUCUGCUUGGGCGUGCUGGAUUGCUUCAAGAAGCGUUCAAUUUUACACAAAGUAUGCCAAUUGAGCCAGAUGUUAUAGCUUGGGGUUCACUUUUAUCUUCUUGUAAGGUUCAUAAAAAUGUUGAUCUGGCAGAGGUUGCAACAGAAAGAUUGCUGCUUAUAGAUCCAGACAACAGUGGGGCCUACUCAUCCCUUGCUAAUUUGUAUUCAGCUUGUGGAAGAUGGGCAGAUGCUGCACAAGUUAGAAAGUCAAUGAAGGAUAGGAGAGUGAAGAAAGAACAAGGAUUUAGUUGGAUUCAGAUUCAAAACAAAGUCCAUGUGUUUGGGGUUGAAGAUGGAGGUCACGCACAGAGAGAUGCAAUCUACAAGAUGAUGGAAAAGAUAUGGAAAGAGAUCAAAAAUAUUGGCUUUAUUCCUGACACUGAAUCAGUAUUGCAUGAUGUUAGCGAAGAAGCAAAGGAGAAGAUGCUUAAAUACCACAGUGAGAAACUUGCCAUUGCUUUUGGGCUAAUAAAUACUCCAGAGAACGCUACACUGAGGAUCAUGAAAAACCUCAGAGUUUGUAAUGACUGUCAUUCUGCCAUCAAAUUUAUAUCCAAGCUUGUGGGCAGAGAAAUCAUUGUGAGAGAUGCAACUCGUUUUCACCAUUUUAAGAAUGGGCUGUGUUCUUGUCGGGACUAUUGGAAGAUGGUUGAUAAUUGGAAAAGAGAGCAGCAUGUUGGGAGACAUUACAAUAUGGCAAUUGGUAGUGCUGCUAUACCUUGGAGGUCUGUUCCAGAGCAGAGUUUUGAAUGGGGAACAUAUACAGUUGUAUCUGUUCGGUUUAAUUCUGGACAGCCAGAUAUCUUGGCAACAUCAGCAAGGUAUGCAUUGAUGCUUGUAGAUAAGAUACUCAUCUAG